CCUUGCUUACAUUUCCCUUUUAACGUCCCAUCCAAACCACCCUUCUUCCUUCUUCCAUUCUCUCUUCAGCUCUCCUCUCUCUCUCUCUCUCUCUCUCUCUCUCUCUCCGCCCCCACACCCCUUCCUCCCUCCGCAGGGAUCGAGGAAGAGAAGAAGUGCAAGCAAAGGAAACAAGCUCUGCGAAAAAAGGUAACAGAGAAGCCAAAGAAGAAGAAGAGUAGCUAGAAGAGGAGAAAGAAGUGCAUGGAGUCGACCCCUGGCCACUCGGGUGCGGGGCAGGGCUCCUCCUCCUCCCCCCGGGGUGAGCCGACCCCGGGAUCGGGUCACCCCCCUCCGGCCCCUGCCCCGGCCCCGGCCCCGGCGCCGCCGAGCAGGUACGAGUCACAGAAGCGACGGGACUGGAACACGUUCCUGCAGUACCUGCGCAACCACAAGCCGCCGCUGACGCUGGCGCGCUGCAGCGGCGCCCACGUGAUCGAAUUCCUGCGGUACCUGGACCAGUUCGGGAAGACCAAGGUCCACAACGCCGGGUGCACCUUCUUCGGCCAACCCAACCCGCCGGGCCCCUGCGCUUGCCCUUUAAAGCAGGCCUGGGGCUCCCUCGACGCUCUGAUUGGCCGCCUGCGAGCGGCCUACGAGGAGAGCGGCGGCCGGCCCGAGGCGAACCCCUUCGCCGCCCGCGCCGUCCGCAUCUACCUCCGCGAGGUCCGCGAAAGCCAGGCCAAGGCUCGCGGCGUCCCCUACGAGAAGAAGAAGCGGAAGCGCCAGCCCCCCGCCUCGGCCGCCGGGAGCGGACAGACUUCUGGAGCAGGAGAGUCUUCAUCUUCUUCUUCCGCUGCUGCUGCUGCUGCCGCUGCCGCUGCCGCGGCGGGGAGUGGUUCGGUGGGCGGAGAGGGAUCCGAUGCUCCGCCGGGUGGCACUUCUUCUUCUUGAUUCUUGUCUUGUGUAGCAGUGUAGGGCAAGACAUCUUAUUUUUGAGGCUAGAUGACAAGAUCUGCUGAUCACCAAGGGACAUUUUUGGAAUAUAAGCAGAAGGAGGAUGUGCCAUUGGCUUUGGUGGAACCAUCUACAGGUAAGCUUAAAUAGGGUAGCCAUUUGGGAGUCUGAUGAUUGGGGUCAAACAUCUUCACGGUAAGCUUUUGUGUUUGCCGUGGUCAACAUCUUUAAGGUCCUCACGGCAUAUAGAUAUGGAUUCUUUUGGAUCUGAGAUCUGAAUCCAAUUAAUGGAAGAAGCCUCAUUCUUGUUCCUUCUCAAAGUUCUAGAAAAUUAAUUUGACCCUGCUCCAAUCAUGAUGCUUUUGUCUCAACUGAUCAAAUCUAUCAACUUGAUAUGAAAUAUUAA